GUUGAAACCUACAUCUCACGAUGCACCGACCUCUGACUAUCCAAGACUUCAUUCAAUUGGUGGUGAAUGAAGUCGCCAGGCCGUGUCCACUGGAAGAACGGACGCUCCUGGCUCUGGCGCUCACAUGCCGCGCAUUCCAGGAGGCCGCCUUGGACAUGCUGUGGGCUCACCAGGAUGGCUUGGGCCGUCUCGUCCAGUGCUUACCGGAGGAUCUAUGGACAUAUUCAGAUGACCCAUUGGAGGAUAUAACGCUCAGCGAACCUACGAGGGCCACCACACAACAAGACUGGCAGCGCUUCGACGUCUACGCUCGGCGGGUCCGCACACUAGAUAUUGAUGAUUCCCCUUAUUUCAAGUCCCAGUCGAUCCAAAUCCGAAGCGGUGAGAAUGAACACCUCGCGGGUGGGGUACACGACAUCACCUCGGCGUCCUUCCGACGUCUCUGUGACUUCCGUAAUCUUCGUAGAUUUGGUCUCAACACGGAGAUGCGUAUCAUCCUCGAUGACGAUGCCGUCCAGGAGAUGGCCAUGUCGUGGCCUCGUCUGGAGUACCUGCACUUUAGCAGCUUGGAGUCACCUCCGACUUCGGCGACGCUGGAAGGCCUGGCGCAUCUCUCCCGGUACUGUCCUUCGCUGUCGUCACUCUGUAUCAACGUGCAGACGAGGGGUACCGUCGUCUCCGCCGAUGUGAUCCCCGGCGGCGGCUUCUGCAACCGGGCCCUCGAGCAGAUCGAGUUCCGCAUGUCGUUUCCGUUUGGGAAUGAAGCGAAAAUAGCGGCGUUCCUGAAUGCGAUCUUCCCCAACAUCCGGAGCUUGAUUGGGCGUGGAGAAGGGUAUGGGAUAUAA